AUGUCCACAACAAAUCAACGAUUCAAAAACAAUAUGGAAAAGAAGAAACGGUUGAACAAUGAUGCAUAUGAUGAUCUCAUGAAAAGAAAUCCUAAAACAUGGUGUAGGGCUUGUUUUGCAACAAAUAGGGCAUGUGAGGCUGUAGAAAAUGGAAUAUCCAAGAAUUGGAUGGUUAUCCCAAGUGGGCCUCUAUUGGAGGUUAGAAAUGGUUAUGAAGGUUAUAUGGUAGACUUGGCAGGGCACAAUGCUAGGACACGCGAGAAUGAAAAGAUUGUGCCCCCUCCUAAGGAAAAAAAGCCUCCUGGUAGGCCUAAAAAACCACAUUCUGAUGAAGCACCUUCAAAACGACCAACUACAAGUGGUGGGAGAGGAGGAAGAGGACCAAUUAGGGCAAGAGGUGGAAGAGGAUCAUAUACAGGUACAAGUGGUGGUAGAGGAGGAAGGUCACUUAUAGAUGAAAUAUUUGAUUCACCAACGGAAAAUGAAGUUAUAAACAUGUUUGAUAAUUUUGAAGAAGAGCUAUAUAGGGCUGAAAUGGAAAGGGAGAAAGUACACAUAUGA